GUGUUACAACACGAUUUAACUAAAAAGUUUUGUAUGAAUUAAAAAAAACCUUAGACAACAAAUUUUUGAGCCGCAUGGCAAAGGGAAUUAGGGUUCAUAUGCCCCGAGGCGAAAUCAGAACAUUUCAUUGAUGGAUGCCGAACUAGUCGUCGAGUGAACGAGUUAUCGCCAGAUAAAGUUCAGAGAUCUCAGAGCACUAGUGAGUGUGAUUCUUUAGCUUGGUACUUCAUUAUUGAGACAUAUUGAGGAUAAUUACUCAACUAGAUUGUAUUUGCGCGCUGCUCUGAGUUUUGGAACACUGACAUUAUCUGUAACAAUGGCUGCUUCUGCAAAAAUUCUGGAUGCUGAAAAGCCAGUCCCAACCGAGGACUGGACCAUUGUUAUGCCACGUCGUGGGAAAAAGAGUAGGAACUUCAAUAAGAUUUUGAUCCCAGACCAACAAAGAGAAGAGAAACCAUGGACUCCAAUCGAUUUCGAAACAGAUCCUCUAAGAGAAUCAAAAUUAAUGCAGAAAAUGCAGAUUUGCAUUCAGAAACUUGAGAACUCUGAAUUUUUCCAUUCUUUCUUGCACCAAAUGCAAAAUCCUGAUAUGCUGGCUAUGUUUCUUAAUGUGUUGGGUCCAGAAACUAAGAUGGUGAUGGUGAUGUAUGGUAUUGGCAGUAUUGAAUCAUUUGAACCACCUCGUUUGCAACUUAGCCUUGCAGUUUUAAUGAAGAGGAAUUUUGAUUGGGUUGGAGAAAUAGAAGUGUUUGAUCCAAUAAUUUCUUUGACGGAAUGUAAGGUUUUGACAUCUUUGGGAUGUCGUGUUCUAUCAAUUAAUGAGCAAGGUCGCCGAGAAGCUUUAAAACCUACACUAUUUUUCAUGCCACACUGUGAGGCUGAUUUAUACGACAAUCUUUUGCAAGUGAACUGGGGAGUAGAUAAAUUAAAUCGUAUUGUCCUGUUUGGUAAUAGCUUUGAGGCAUAUGAGCACCAUGUAUCGGUGUUUAAUAACUCAGAUCUUGUUGAUUCAAGGAAGCAUAUUCUCGCUGUCAGGAGGUUCACUAAAGAAUUUAUAGUCAGUACUUUUUCAGAUGAUUUCUUUCGUGCCUUUCAUGGUUCAAGUUGGCAUUUUUUUGGUCUCAAUCCUGAGACAGAUUUGCAAACAUUGGAUGACAAGAACUAUAUAAUUGCAUGAUUAAGAGUAUAUUAUACAGUUUACUACAAAUAUUUCAUUUCCUUCUGUUCCAGAGCACUUGAACAUUGAACUCCCAUGUAUUUUUUCUACAAUUUUGAAGCUUAGUGGCUUCUAUCUUCAUGCAUGCCAGUAGACAUGUUUUUGCCGUCCUUCAUGUUUCCAAAGUUUGUGAUAGGUUCCUGCAGGCUGCUGAAGAUGUUGUGAUGGAUCUAUAGAUGAUAACUCUACCGCUGGUGCUGCUGGGGGGUUCUUCCCAGCUGCAAGGCUGCUGAAAAUGGUGUUCCGGCUCCAGAUCUGCUCAGCCAACCAGGAAGAUUAUAUGUUGUUCACUAGGUUAGAGAUUUAAAAUGGAGUUGGAUUGUAAUGUUGUGAUACAGUAGCUGAUUUAUGUAAUGGACAGUGCAAUUGUAAGAUGACUGGAAUAAUAAAAUAUGAAUUAACUUGGACAGAUGGAAUGUAAACAAGGAAUUUAUAUAGAUCACUCAACAGAAAUGUAAAUGACAAUUUCAAGGCAAUUCGAGAGGCCUUGAUUCUCUCCACUAUUUUCUCAA